AAUUUUAUGACAGAGGGAAGGCUUCACAUUCCAUGUCAAAUGGCGGCGGAACAGUGAGACAGACUAUGGAUCCUACACGUCUAAACUAUAUAUUAGUCUGAUUCACUGUCCUUUAUAGCGUUUUUGCCUGGUGUCAAGAACAAACUCCUUGACAGCAGCAUCGCUUGUUCUACUUCGCAAGGGCGGCGGGACAAGUUCCAAAUCCAUGAAUUCUGAGAAUAGUCAGCGCAUAGGAAAUGGACAUGGGGGAAAGGUGAAAGGAGGAGUCGGGAAGAAGUCUGGACAUGCUCACAGGAAGUCUCUGAAUGACUCACUGGAGGGAGAGGUCAAGGCCUUCCUCAUAGACGAGGGCCAGCUGCACACUUAUGAUGACCUCACCAAAGUCAACCCCGUGACCCCAACAACAGUGCUGAAAUGCCUACAGGCCAGGUACAGCGCUAAGGUUUUCUACACCCAUGCAGGCUGCACCCUGGUGGCCCUCAACCCUUUCCAGCUCGUCCCUGACCUCUACUCCCUGGAUGUGAUGAAGGAGUACCAUUGUGCCCCACAGCCACAGGAGUCCAAACCCCACAUCUUCAUAGUGGCGGAGGAAGCCUACAGGAACGUACAGGGCCAGGUGGAGCCCGUUAACCAGUCUCUGGUGGUCAGCGGAGAGAGCGGCGCAGGAAAGACAUGGACCUCUCGUUGCCUCAUGAAGUACUAUGCCACGGUGGCAGCCUCUUCCUCUCUCCUGAAGAGGCGGGACACUGUGGAGAGGAUAGAGAAGAGGGUACUGGACUCCAACCCCGUCAUGGAGGCUUUUGGCAACUCCUGCACCUUACGGAACAGCAACAGCAGCCGCUUUGGAAAGUACAUCCAGCUCCAGCUUAACCGGUCUCAGCUGCUGGUGGGGGCGUCAGUACAAACAUACCUACUGGAGAAGACCAGGGUGGCUGGACAACCAGCUAAUGAGAGAAACUUCCACAUAUUCUACCAGAUGAUGGCAGGAGGCAGCGAUGAGCAGAGGAGGGACUGGAAGAUGCCUCAUGACCAACGUUUUGUCUGGCUUCCAAAUGCUGACAAGACAUUGGAAGAGGAUUGUUUUGAUGAGACUGUAGAGGCGAUGGUACACCUGGGCAUCAAUGCCGAGAAGCAGGGACAUAUAUUUAGGAUACUAGCAGGUCUUCUUCAGUUGGGGAACGUGACUUUCUGUUCUGCCAUGGAUGAAUCACAACCUUGUGACCUCGAGAAGCAAUCCAAAGUCUUUGUGCAGCGUUGUGCAGCGUUGCUGUGUGUCCCGGUGGAGGAGCUUCAGACAUGUCUCAGGGUACGGACCCUGAGGGCAGGGAAGCAGAGUGCUCUCUUCAAGCCCUGCUCCCUGGCAGACUGCAGCGUCAGGAGGGAUUGCCUCGCCAAGGUCAUCUACGCACAAUUAUUUGAAUGGUUGGUUACAUUCAUCAAUGACAGCAUAUGUGCAGACAACUCCACCUGGUGCAACUUCAUAGGUCUGCUGGAUGUUUAUGGUUUUGAGUGCUUUCAGUUGAACAACCUGGAACAGCUGUGCAUCAACUACGCCAACGAGAAACUGCAGCAGCACUUUGUAGCCCACUAUCUCAGAGCCCAACAGGAGGAGUACGUCUCCGAGGGAUUGGAGUGGUCGUUUGUUAAAUACCAGGACAACCAGGGCUGUCUGGAUCUGUUGGAGGGCAACCCCACUGGAGUGUUCUCUCUCCUCAAUGAGGAAUGCCUUCUCAACCGAGCCUCCGACGCCAAGCAGUUCAGGGUUCGCUUGGAGAAGGAGCUGUCCGACAACAGCAGUAUGAGCUGGGACAAGUUCGGCAAGCUGCCCCACUUCACCGUGGCUCACUACGCUGGCAAAGUCUCCUACCAGAUAGAAGGCAUGAUGGAGAAGAACAAGGACCCAGUGCCCCCAGAGCUCAUCCACCUGCUACAGAAGUCUGAGAACCCUCUGCUUCACCAGCUGUUUGCUGACAGAGACCCAGCGGACCAAGGCACCAGGGGGCUCAGACAAGUGGUCACUGUGGUCUCCAAGUUCAAGAACUCUCUGGAGAGCCUGAUGAAGAUUCUACACAGCACCACUCCUCACUACACCCGCUGCAUCAAACCCAACACUGACUGCAGGCCGCUCACCUUCGUAAAGGAGGAGGUCAUUAUGCAACUGGAGGCCUGUGGGAUUGUAGAGACCAUAAACAUCAGCGCAGCAGGCUUUCCAAUAAGAAUUCCCUACACGAGUUUCAUACAGCGUUAUGGACUGAUUUCCAACUGGACGUUGUUCUCUCAAGGGGCUGGUGAGAAUGGAUUGGAGGAGAACAACAAGGAUGAUCUUGGUUCGGCUGUGGCUGAUAUUCUCAGGGUGGUGUUAAAAAGUAACUUUCUCGACCCCUCGCACCAUAGCGACAACGAGACCCGCAGCUCGCUGGCGCACUGCGGCAGGACCAAAGUGUUCCUGACUAAUUCCACGCUGGAGCUGAUGGAGGAAGGCAGAAACAGGGUGCGCUCCCAGAGGGCCUUCUCUAUCCAGUGCUGCUGGCACAGGCACAAACAACGCAGACGGCACGCCGCGAGACGGGCCUCCACCCUGAUCCAAGCAGUGGUGCGGUCAUGGCUGGUCAGGAGAGCGAUCCAGAGGUGGCACAGGGCAGCCAUAGUGCUCCACAGGUCCUGGAGGAAAUGGAGGGCGCUGAUGGACGCCCUGGCUGAGGCAGAGCUGGACGACGCAGAGGAUCUUCAGGAGGAGGCCGUGCCACCAGAGUUGGACCCCAUCCUCCGGGCCAGGGGCUUGGUGCAGCUCUCCAGCAUCCAGGAGCCCGUCAUGGUGCGAGGCUGGCCCAUGGGCCUGGCCCUGGCCUCAGCCCCCACCGUCACUGUGUCCAUGACCGCGACGGGCUUCCAGAAGAUGAUGUCUGUAAUGGCCUGCCUCAACGGACACUGCUUCAGGACCGGGGAGUACAAGGUGGAGACCAACCAAUUCAAGCAGGGGGUUGCCUCCAUCAGGGCUCAGCCCAGGGGGUCUAUUAAGCUCCACUACCAGCGAUCUCCACUGCUCUACGCCGAUAUGCAUCCAGACAACAAACAUGAUGGAGUGACAGGAUUGAACCAGAUACUGCUAGAGGGUACCUGAAUGGGAUCCAUUCUAUGUUCCUGCUUUAUAUCCAACACUUUAAAUGAGCUGCCUCAAUUAUAUAACUGCACCUUUUGAUAUGUACUGUAGAUGGAGAUAAUGGUCCUAGAGAAAUGGUCUUGUAGGACUGUAGCUGCCAUAUUGGAAAUAUUUGUUGAUUGUUGGAAAGUCUCAGGCUUUAUGACCACUUGGGUGCCUUUCUCAAAAUCCGUGGUGUUAAACUCAAGAAUGUACCGUGGGUGAACUUGCCAUUUUUAUUUAUGGGUAGAGGGAAGCAGUUGCUUUUGGGAUAUUUGUGGUACUCCUUUUGCAAUGUUAAAGAUCAUGUUUAAUUUUAGAUAUUGCUGCAUUGUUUUUAAGUUAUUGACAUGCCUGUUUUUUAGAGGGAAAUUAUCUAUAAAAUGUUAUUUUCAUCAGGGAUACAUGUUCUGUUUAAACCACAUUCUGGAUUUUUUUUAUAUCUGUACACUUGAGCUCACUGACCAAAUCGAACUAAUUUUAGCAUAGUCAACUACAGAUCAAGAGAAAGCUGGGCAUUUACACCAAAUCCAGUGUAUUUUAUGGCACAAGCUUCAUUAUGAGAUCUUUAUUAGAAGAGGUACACUACAGUGUUUUGCAUACAUGGGAAUAGUAUGUAUUUUAACAAGCUUUAUAAUCAAUGUCAACCAGUUUGCUGCUGAUCGCUUCAGUGUUAAUAACCAAACGGCACGACAGAAACACCCAAUGUUUUGCUGUAUUUAUUUGAAAAGAACCAUUGAUGUGCCACAUUGCUUGAAAUGCCAUGACGAUGUUUAUUUGCCAAAAAGGAUUGUAUACUUUUGACCUUUAUUUUGCUACUUCGCCACUACAGUAGUUACCUUUGCCUUGUCCAAUACCUUCUACUAGAGUAACUUAUCUUUUGUAACCCACUGCUAAUAUAAUCCUUCCUUGAAUUACGUUUGUAUUUUGAACCGACUAAACAAUAGUUCUUGUUACGUUUAAGGCCAUUCAAAGCCAUACCCAGACCAAAUGUGUUAUGAAACAUUGCUAGCUACUUGGUGUUUAUAUAGCUGUACCAAGAACCCUUUUAAAAGACCUGACUUAGCUAGUUGUCUUUGCAAUACUGUAGUUCCAAGUCAAAAUAAAUAUUUAACAAAUUGG